AGGAUACCAUCCGCCCGGCGGACGCCGCUUGCACUGCGUGAGUUUCGGGCCUAACAGGAUUCCCCAUUUCCUUGAUAAAUUCCCCCGGACUCAGACCUGCAUACAACAUGCUGUCCACAAACGCGCCCUCGAGCAUUCAACGCCGGACCGUUCUCCAUCGACGCCAAAACUCCACCCCGGCAGCUUUCGAAGGGCCCACAGUACGACCACUUCCCACUAACCUACGACAACAGCGACAACAUCGAUCAGGCAUGAGCCUCGACUUGCGAGGGCUCAACCUCGAAGCCAAAGUGGAAUCUCCUCUAUUGCCUGGGGGAGACAGUACGGUAAGUAAUACUAACCUAGGACAACCCCAACAGCAUUUUAUGCAAGUAGCGCAGCCGCACAGCCAGCCCCAGCCGGGCCUCCAGGAUGCCUUUGUGCCGUCCCCAGUACAGCAGUCUCUCCCCUCGCCUCGGACACCGCACCGGUCUCUGAACCAUGACCGGUCUCAAAAACACCUCUCCCAAACUCCGCAGCGACUUCCUCAAUCCCCUACAAAGACCCCAUCAGAGGAGGAAGUGAAGGAGUUGCAGAGACAUAUACAGUCGGUAUACGGCUCGUAUGCGCAAGUCUUCAUCAACAUCCUUCCCACUCCAGCAGCGACUCCGCAGAAACCGUCACGGUUAGCGAACCAGCUAUCUGCGGAGCCCCUUCCAGCACUCAUGUCUUCCAACUUUGGAGAUAUCACGACCGUCAAUCUGGAACCCACACCAAGUGCGAUGACGUUCGACUUUGAGAAUCCCGAUGCAGAGGUGGAAUAUGAUUCUUCAUCGUAUUAUACAUCAGACGCGUUAUCUCCAUCACCAGCCUCGUCGCCUCGUCAAAAGACAAUUCAAACUUCCUUGGAAGAUAUCAAAGAGGAAGCUACGCAAGAAAUGUCUUUCUCACAACCACCGGCAUUGCUUCCAUCAGCUAUGGCAGCAAGUGGGAUGGGAAUGCCGUCAUUUGUCCCAGCCUCUCCGCUUCGUGCUCCGCUUCCCAUUGAGCUUGAAUUGAAUGCUACCUUGGAGUACACCGGAAUCUCGCCCGAAGAAGUGCAGCGAUAUAUUAGUGAGCAAGACCCCGAGACUGGAAAAUGGACCUGUCUCUAUCCCGACUGCGGUAAGGUGUUCGGCCGCAGAGAGAACAUCCGCUCCCACGUCCAGACCCAUCUCGGGGACAGGCAAUACCGCUGCAACGGAUGCGGUAAAUGCUUCGUCCGUCAACAUGACCUCAAGCGCCACGCAAAAAUCCACAGCGGCGUCAAGUCCUACAAGUGCCCCUGUGGAGCUGGAUUUGCGCGCCAGGAUGCUCUCACCCGUCAUCGCCAGCGCGGCAUGUGCGUGGGCGGCUUUCCCGAUGCCGUGAGGCGGCCAGCGAAGCGAGGGCGGCCGAAGAAGAAUCGGCCUGGUAUGGAAGAAAGGGUCAGCAAGGCGGCGAAGACGAGACGGGCACUUGCCUCCGCAGCGUCGUCAAUAUCCGCCGGCUCACCACAGUCUGACUCUUCGUCCGCGGGAAAUUCACCACCGUCGUUGGAUGAGUAUGAGAAUCCAGGAUUGCAGAAGUUGUUGAGUGGAUUCUGCAGUUUCGAUGAUAGUAUGAAUGUGGUAUCGGACCCUUUCACUAGUUAUUCCACCUCAACUUCGUUCGACAACAGCACAGAUAUCCAGCCUGGAAGCUUGGAAGCACCCCUGUCCUUUGCAAACGACACUGUCUCUUCAGCAAGUACCAAACAGGACAUCAGCCGUUCAACGCACACACCUCCCAUGUCACCAGCCGAUCCCUUGUCCAUCACCAACUGCACCACAACCUCGGCUUCCAACCCCCAAAGUACCUCCAACGCGAUUCCCACGGCAGCAGACUCAUUCCAGGCCAAUAUUGAUCCCGCCCUCAAAGCACCCUCCACGCCCUCGAGAUCCUCCAUCCACUCGAACCCAUUCAGCACUCCGCCAACAUCGCCCGUCGAGCCCAAGGACCCGCUCGACGGAAUUGACAUGUUCGGCACCAUUACCGAUGGGUCGCAGUUUGAGCUGGAGAUGAAGGCCAUGGGGGAGAGUGAGUACUCUGUUGGUCUUGGAGGUUUAGAGAGCGGGAUUGGAGCGAGUGGAUAUGAAUUUCUGAACUUUGACUUGUAGCUUUGGGGCCUCUAAAAGCUGAGAAGGAAGACAGGAGGAACACCAAGGCACCACGGGGUUAUCUAGGGAUGACUGAAGGCUUAGGACACGAGCUUGUAUGAUAU